AUGCGGAAAGCAUGUUGGGCUCUACUGCGCCCACUCACUGCGCUCAUUGCUCCCUCUGCCAGACGGCAGGCCAGCGCCACCUAUCUGCUCAGCUUCAUACUGCAGCACACCGAAGUGGUCACCGAUCAUCUGACCCCGGAGCUGAGACUUCUCCUGCUCACCCGGCGCUGCAAGUACUGGCAUCUCCGCCCCGAGUACUGGCCCUACAGUGACCCCUACUGGGCGAUCUACUGGCCUGGAGGACAAGCGCUGGCCCGAUACCUGCUAGAUAACCCAGACGUUGUGCGACACAAACAGAUAUUAGAUCUCGGGAGCGGUUGUGGAGCAGCGGCCAUUGCUGCAGGAAGGGGAGGAGCUUCUUAUGUAGUAGCCAAUGACAUUGACCCAGUGGCAGGCGCAGCGCUUACACUGAACUGUCAGCUGAACGGCCUGCAGCCUCUGCCCUUCCUCUCCGAGAAUAUCAUCGGUGUGGACACACGUCCGUGGGGUCUGAUUGUCCUCGGCGACAUGUUUUAUGAUGAGCAGUUGGCUGAUGGUCUCCACCAAUGGCUCAGACAAUGUAUAGACCAGCACGGGACUACUGUCCUCAUCGGGGACCCUGGAAGGGGACAAUUUAUUGAUCAUCCAAUACAGAAACAGCUGCAGAAAUUGGCGGAAUAUCCCUUACCGGAAUCCAGCAAGCAAGAAAACUACGGACUGACCUGCACCGCUGUCUGGAAGUAUCAGCCCUGACUUUCUU